AUGGAAAUAUUUGCCGUUUUCUUUAUUUGUAUGUUCAGCCUCGUCUUGGCAAACCAAGAGGAGCGACUACCAAAUAAAUGCGAGGUUUGUAAAUUACUGACGGUGGAGUUGCAGGACGCCCUGGAAAAAACUGGCCGCUCAAAGGAAGCUCUGGAGCUCUGAGAAGUUUUGGACACUGGCAAGCGCAGGCGCAAAAUCAAAUACAACACUUCAGAGACGCGACUCACUGAGGCCAUGGACAACAUCUGUGAAAGAAUUCUGCAGUAUACAAUCCAUGCCGAGAGACCAGGGAGCCUUCGCUAUGCCAAGGGCACAAGUCAAACCAUGAACACACUGAAGAACCUGAUGGAUAAGGGAGUGAAGGUAGAGCUGGGUAUCCCUUAUGAACUGUGGGAUGAACCAUCAGUAGAGGUUGCAGACUUGAAGAGACAGUGUGAGAGCAUGCUGGAAGAGUAUGAAGAGGUUGUGGAAAACUGGUACUUUCAUCAUCAAGACGAGAGAUUUGACAGAUUCUUCUGUGCAGCCCAUGUCCUCAGAGACUCAGACCAAGAGUGCCUGAAUGAGGUAUGGAAAGGUGACAUGGGUGUAAAGGGAUCCAAAGAGGAGAGUGAGGGAGAGAAUGGAAGACAGAACCAUGACGCAGGAGAACUGUGAAAGCAGAGCCAUAAUGGUUGAUGAAUGCAUACGACCUGUAUGACAUCUUUGCACAAG